UGCAAUAUACACGCUUUGAGUUCGAAAAAAGUAAAACUUGAAUAGUAUCUCGCUGCUUGUCGCCUCUGUCUCUAGUCUGCUACAACAAAUUGUAAACACGCUGGCGAGUUUUCCUCUUGGAAGCCUUCAGACUGAACAGAUUGACAAAAGCCAACCUGGCUCGGCCAAACUCUGAUCCAUCUCAGCUGAUUUGCUUCUUCUAUGAGGGAAGCUCCUCUUCCACCUCUCGUUACAUUGAGAAACACCUACCUAUCGACCUACCCACCCACUCACCCACCUAUAUACAUACCCAGAAAGUGUCUGUUUGGGUUAAUAAAAGUGUGAUCAUACAGUGUUGUAUUACUAAUUCGUGUCAAACUCUUUUGUGUGUGUCUUUAAGUGCCAAGUGGAGAAGGGCAAAAACAUUGUUGGUGAAGGACUGUGUGUAAGUGGAAUAGUGCCAAUCUACUGGACAUCAUGGAACCCAUUAACGAGAACAAGAUCCCCAAGAAGAAGGACUUGGAAGCGGCCAAGAAGGCCCUGGCUGGAGUGUGGGCCACCUUGGAUAUGCAUCCCAAGUAUCGGAAGGCCCCUGAAGGCCGCUCACGAUGGGCUGAUGACAAGUGAUGGGCCCUUGAAUUACCUCGAGCGACAAUACAUUGCCAUAAUGGCAUCGAGUCGACAAUUCUGCUCGGAAUUGGUCACGUUCCAUCAGGACGAGUUCCAUACUCUAUGCAUCCGGGACAGCUCCGAGGAGUGUCUGCCGUGGCUCAAGGGACUCCGGUUCGCAUCCCAGCGAAUGAAGAAUCUCAACACAUUGAACAUUCUACUAGCCCACCGACCUUGGAUGAUUAACCAGGAUACGAUUAAGAGUCUGACCAAUGCUCCCUUGGGACGAGACAAGUGGUCUGUUCCUGAGCUAGUGCACGCCAUAAUACUAUUAUCACAUUAUCACGCCUUCGCCUGCUUCGCCAAGGGAUGUGGAUUUCUUCAGCCCAUUGCCGAGAUUACGCCAAAAAAUCAUUCCAAUCUCAAGGGCCGCGAGAGUUCGCCAGACAUCACCACCAAUGAUGAAUUGAGUGGGACUGGCACACCCCUGGAAGGUCACGCCCCUUCUCACCACAAUAACGCCUCCCAUGACACGGGUCUCCAAGUUCAAUCCAUUCUCCAGAAAAUGGAGACUCUCAGUGCCAAUCGAGCUGAGCUGGAGAUCGAUGAAUUGAAACGUCGAUUCGAAGACAUCAAAAGCCAAGCCACCAACGAGGACUUUGAAAGCCCAAGCACCGACGAUGAUUCCAACAAGAUGAAGAUGAUCCACACUCUUAUUUACUCGGAUCAAGACACCCUCGAGUAUGUGGAUUUCAUUAGUCGUGAAAAUCCCGGACAAUAUUCCACCCACCGGAUGAACGACUUUUCUUGGAAGAUUCACGGCUUUCCCACUGCCGAAAGCUUGUACAACGAGGACAUUUGCCGUUCUUUGGACGAUAAGUUUGACAUCAUUUCCAAUUUGACGUACAUGACCAUUGGCAAAUACACCUCAGUGGACACGACCAUGUUUCGACGAAGCGUUCAGAAUUACAUUCAAUGCCUUUAUGGUAUUAGGCAAGACGACUACGAUUACGGAGAGGUCAACGAGCUUCUGCCCAGGCCAUUGAAGAAGUACAUCAAGACCCUUUGCUGUUAUCCGGAUCGUUGUCAACUCUCUGACUACCAGAGCAUCAUGACGGACUUUUUGGACUCGGAAAAGGUCCACGUGUGCCUACUGGCUUGCGAGGCCAAGUUUGAGGCCAGUUUGAUCUAUGCCUUGCGAGGAAUCAGCCAAUACUUCUCCGGAAGUCGAUGAUUAACGAAUUUGCCAGCUGAAACAACCACUGCAAAUUCAUCGGCCUUCUUUUUUCUUCUUCUUGUUUGUACAUACUUUGAUGAAUGAUUCAUAAAACGACAAAGAAUCUAUAAUCCGGAUUUCCCAUGACAUUUCAAGAUUUUAAGGACAAGAAACGUUUCAUUUUCACCCUCCUUAGAAUAGCAAUAUGAUUGCUUCCAUAUGGUAUAGGACAGCUCCGACCCUGAUUUAUGUGGAUCGGCGAUGAAUCUUUUAGGAUAAUUGAGUCUUGUCUAAAUUUGUGGUGUACGUGUCGUCCUGCUUUUACUUCCUGCUCCAGUGAAAGAAAGUGGGCUCUUGAGCUUCUAGAGUACAUUGGCAACAAUACCUCAAUCGGAAUAUGUCAGCUUGACGUUUGCAAAUAAACUCUAAAAGCUGGUUUUCAACUACGGAUGUCAUGUGCUUAUAUUGACCAGAAAGAGAGAUAAAUAAACAAAUAUCCAAAUCAUUUUUCAAACAA